CGCCGCCAGGGGGCGCUGUGCGCGUGCGCACGAGUGAAAACACAUGAUUUCGUGUAAUGUAGGUUCACGUUCCGUAGGGCAGAUUAAACUCAACAUAAAGUGGCUAUUAAUUAAUUUUUAACGGUUUUUAGAAUUCCCGUUUUGAUAAUUCCUGUGAGGAGCAUGUGGGUCAAGGGAAAAGUAAUGUUUCUUGCGUAUUUCAGUUAACUCAAGUCUUUAAAUCGUUUUUCAAUUUUACUGCAUGUAGAACAUGUUGAGGUUUUAAUGACUUUAUACAUAUUUUAUUUUCUGUCUAUUUACAGACGAGCUGUCACGUUGUUUAUGUUGACGUCAUCGUUUCCACGCUCUCCCAAGAAGCGAGAUGUUAAUCCAGUCAUCGUGUAAAGGGACCACGACACCUGAGGAAAGCAUGGGCCUGCUGUCCAUUCUGCGGCGGCUGAAGCAUUCUCCAAACCAGGAAGUGCACAUACUGUUGUUAGGUUUGGACAAUGCUGGCAAGACUACGCUGCUGAAACAACUGGCAGCUGAAGAUAUUAGCCACAUCACCCCCACACAAGGCUUCAACAUAAAGAGCGUUCAGUCAUCGGGCUUCAAGUUAAAUGUCUGGGACAUUGGAGGACAGCGCAAGAUCCGGCCCUACUGGAGGAACUAUUAUGAGCACACAGAUGUACUGAUCUAUGUGAUUGACAGCUCUGAUAUAAAAAGGUUUGAAGAGACAAGUUUGGAACUGGCUGAGUUGCUGGAGGAGGAGAAACUUGCUGCUGUGCCGCUGCUCAUCUUUGCCAACAAACAGGACCUGAUGACAGCGACUCCAGCGUCUGAGCUGGCGGAAGGUCUCAAGCUGCACACUAUCCGGGAUCGCAUGUGGCAGGUGCAGGCCUGCUCCGGCCUGACUGGUGAGGGACUGCAGGAUGGUAUGACCUGGGUUUGCAGAAAUCUGGCUUCACGGAAGAAAUAGGGGAAACAUCUAUGAAGAACUAAACUUGCACUUUAUCUCUGAUCUCUGUUUAUGCAUGUCUAUCAUCGCUUGAUAGUAUGAGAACCAAAUAAUGUACAGAAGCCUUUGUGCUCAAAUGUAUCUACUAUAUAAUAAUACAAUUAUUUAUUAUUUAUUCAUUUAUGUGUAGCUUUAAAGGUUUGUGGUAAAUGUCUGUCUGUUUUGUAUGGUGCAUUUGUAAACUAGCAUCAUUUGGCUGUAAUUCUCUCUAAUCACCGCUAGAGGACGGUCUUGCAUUAUUAUUGUGUUUUAUAUUUGUCCCUGCGUUAAAAAGUAUAUAUUCUUCUCUUUGGACUUUAGCUGUAUUUUCCAAACAGAUUCAAUGCCAUAUACACAAAUCAUGCAGUAA